GCCUCUGUGAAGCCUGAACUCCAGUAGGGCCCAAGCCAGCCAGGAAGGAGGAGGCAGCCAGAGUGUUCUCUGCAGCAGAAGACCUCUUGCUGCCCUGCUUAACCCAGACCAGCAUUUGCCAGGGGGUUUCGGUCACGUGGAUUCUCUGAUGUCUUCAAUCAAGUAGAUUCUUAGUGGUGUGCACAGAGGAAGCAGGUGAGAGAACAGUGGAGGAGAAAAAGGAGUCCAGUGUACCACUCCUAGACUGAUUAAGGCUAGACUCUGAGAGGGAGCUCAAUAAGAUGCAGCUGAAUGAAAAAGGCCUCAGGCAUCCCUAGGAGGACCGUGUCGGUUCCCAGACCAACCUGUUUGAAGAACCCGCCCCAAGGCUGAAAGCUGCAGAGAAGACUGCACGUUUGUGGUUAAGGAGAAGAAUUGUGGAGACGGCCUGGAUAAGAGCGUCCCUUAGUCUGGGAAAGAAAAUGGCUGACAAGCAAAGGAUUGUGGGAGGCCAGGUUUCUGUGGAUCAAGGGGAACAGCCAGGAGAACAAAUGGACAAGCACAGCCCAGCAAGCCCCAAACAAGAAGAGGGAUUGGAAAGCGUGGGGAAAGUACCUCAUAAAACCCUCCAUUCAGGGAGUGUGAGGAGAAUUCUGAAAAGGGUAACAGCCUCGCAGGUCAAAGAGGAACCAAAGGAGAGUCGGCCCCAGAGUCAGGAACCCCUGUCUCAGGCGCCUCCAACGAGAAAGCAGGCAACCCAUUCAAGCUGGAGCAACCCAGAGCUGACAGAGCCCACCGUGCCAUGGGGGGAUAUUAAGGCCUUUCUGGCCCAUUUUGAGGGGGCUGAUGAGGCCAGCCAUUGGGUAACGCGCCUGGGCCCUGGCCUUGGGGAAGCCGAGGAGGCCUUAGGCAGCCUUGACAUCCGAGAUAGCUAUGGGAAAAUGAAAGCCGCCAUCUUGCGAGGGGAAGCCAGCUGUCGAGAGUGGCAGCGCCAGCGUUUCAGGCUCUUCUGUUACGAGGAGGCUGAAGGGCCCCGAGAGGCUUGCGGCCAGCUCCGGGAAUUUUGCCACCAGUGGCUGAAGCCAGAGAGACGCACCAAGGAGCAGAUCCUGGAGUUGGUGAUCCUGGAGCAGUUCCAGGCCAUCCUGCCUCAGGAAAUGCAGAGCUGGGUCAGGGAAGUGGGACCGGAGACCUGUGGCCAAGCAGUGGCCCUAGCAGAGGAGUUCCUGCUGAGGCAGGGAGAGGAUGAGAGGCAGGAGGAGCAGGUGCUGGGGCUGUUUGAGGAGGGAGCUGUGAAUUCUUCCAAAGAUGAGCAGAUUCUCUUGGAUUCCAGACAGACGCAACUUAACAGAGGAGCUGAGCAAGCAAGCUACAGAGAAAACUGCAUGAUUGAUCAUGAUGAGGGACCAAGUGAAAAUGAGGAGGCUUCUUUGCUAGGAAAUUCUAAGCCAGCAGACACUGAUGGACAAAAAAGAACAAAAAGCACACCUCUGUGUCUGAAGCUGGGAAGAGUCUCCAAGAAGCAGCACAAGCCAAAGAGGAAGCAGGAAAGCAAAAGAGUAGGGAAGCCUAUCUUGGGAGAGAGUGGGGCAGUCGAACCCGACAACGUGUUGGCCGGACCCCCGUUGGAGAGCCCCCGACCCUGUGAAGAGGAUGGGAGCGAUUUCGAAGAUGACUCGGAGUUCUUAAUCGAUGCAGAGGGUAAACCUCAUAAACGUACGGACUCUGGGGAAACAUCCAGCCGGAGUGCUGACCUUGCUGGGACCUUGCACGGAGCCCACGUGGGUGAGCAGUUGUGCCGCUGUUUGAGCUGUGGAAAAAGCUUCCGUCGUGGCACAAGCCCCGCUGAGGGUGAGCAGAGCUACGCAGGGGAGGAGCUUUACAAAUGCUCCGAUUGUGGAGAAAACGCUGAUGAAGAGCCGAAACGCAAAAAAACAUGUGCAGCAGAGCAGCUUUACACCUGUUUAACCUGUGGGGAGGCCUUCAGUCUUUACUCGAGUCUUAUGAAACAUGAGCGAACCCACACUGGAGAGGAGCUGUAUAUGCCCUUCGAGUGUGGGAAAAGAUUCCGCCAGGGCUGCAGCCCUCCCGCCCCGGAACAGAGAACCCACCCCCCGGAGAAGCCUCAUCAGUGCCCGACCUGUGGGAAGACCUUUAGUAAGAGCUCGGGCCUUCGCUUCCACAAGAGAAUCCACACAGGCGAGAGGCCGUACGAGUGUGCAGACUGUGGGAAAAGCUUCAGCCAGAGGUCCAACCUUAUCCUGCACGAGAGAACCCACACUGGAGUGAAGCCGUUCCGGUGCUCCAACUGCGGGAAGAGCUUCCUUCGCAGCUCGGACCUUGUGAGGCACGAAAUCACUCAUACGGGAGAGAAACCGUACACCUGUUCAGAAUGCGGGAGGUCCUUCGGCCACAACUCAACUCUCAUUGCACAUGAGAGAACUCACACGGGCGAGAAGCCUUACAAGUGCUCGGUUUGUGGGAGAAGUUUCAGGCACCACUCGGGCCUUAUCAAGCACGAGAGGACCCACACUGGAGAGAGGCCUUACGCUUGUCCAGCCUGUGGGAAAGGCUUCAGUCAGAGUUCGGGGCUAACAUUACAUAUGAGAACUCACACUGGAGAGAAGCCAUACCAGUGCUCAGCGUGUGGGAAAAGCUACAGUCAGAGAUCAAAGCUCACGAAGCAUGAGAGAACCCAUAUGGCUGAAAAACUUUAACUUUUCUAAUUGGAAGAGGUUAAACCUUAACUUCUGGUUUUCAGGUUUCCCCUUAGAAACAGAAAAAAUACAGAGGCAGCAGAACGUUGGAUUCGAUUAACCAAACUUGUUUGUUUUUCUCAGGGCUUGACCAAGGAUCACAGACAGUCCCCUUACCACAGACAGCAAAGUGUUUCCCAGCUGAAAAUUUGUUUCACAAUAUGAUAUGUUGUUUUGUGAGCUUUUUUUGUUCCGGAAAUCGGAGUGUUUGGUUUGUA